CCCCUUAUCCAAGUCUUGAAUCCGCCAGACGACGACUACGACGACGAAGAGAUGCGCGGCGCAAUUCCCAUUGCCUUGGCGGGCACCGCCUCCGCGUUGCAGAUCCCCUUGCGCCUCCCUCAGCUGCCCAAGAAGCUCUCGUGGAGCUCCGGCGCCGCUCAUGUCGACGUCGACUCUCUGCCCCAGAUUGAGUCCAAGGCCCUGCAGGACACCAUCGAAAUCGCCAACCUUCAGAAGCGCGCCGAGCGCUUGUAUGACGUUGCCAAGCUCUCCGAGCCAGAAUACAACCAUCCGACCCGCGUCAUUGGCAGCCGAGGACACCUCGGAACCCUGGAAUACAUCAAGUCUGUUCUUGCGACCCUCGGCGACUACUACAAUGUGACAGAACAAGUCUUUCCCGCAGUCACAGGCACUGUUCGCGAGGCACGUCUUGUCAUUGGCACUGACGUGCCCUCUGCGACGGCCUUCUCCUUGAGCCCUCCGACAAAGAACAAGCAGCCCGUCUAUGGCGACCUGAUCCUCGUCCAUGGAAGCGGAUGCAAGUCCUCCGACUACCCCCAGAACGCGACCAAUAACAUUGUCAUUGUGCUCCGAGGCGAGUGCAGCUUCGGUGCAAAGUCCGAGCUUGCCGGACGAGCCGGCGCUGUGGCCGCCGUGGUGGUCAACAACGAGGAAGGAGAUCUCCAUGGAACCCUCGGAGAGCCAAACGAGCACCACGUGGCCACCUUUGGUCUGUCCAAGGAGCUGGGUGACAAGUACCUUGACCAGCUCAAGGAGGGCAAGUCGCUUGACUCUAUUGCAUACAUGGACUCCGAUGUCAACACAAUCAUGACCACCAACAUCAUUGCGCAGACGACGCAUGGAGACCCCAACAACUGCGUUGCUGUUGGUGGACACAGCGACGGCGUCGAGGAGGGCCCCGGGAUCAACGACGAUGGAUCUGGUAGCUUGUCCGUCCUCGAGAUUGCCGUUCAGCUCUCCAGCUUCCGCGUCAACAACUGCGUGCGCCUCGCCUGGUGGGCCGGCGAGGAGGAGGGUCUGCUCGGCUCCAACUACUAUGUCCAGAGCCUGUCAGAGGAGGAGAACAAGAAAAUUCGACUGUUCGGUGACUAUGACAUGAUGGCCUCGCCCAACUUUGCCUACCAAGUCUACAAUGCUACCGACGACGAGAACCCUGCCGGCUCGCAGUUGCUUCGAGAUCUCUACAUUGAUUGGUACACAGAACAAGGGCUCAACCACACCCUGAUCCCCUUUGACGGCCGCUCCGACUAUGACGGUUUCAUCAGAGCUGGCAUUCCCGCCGGCGGCAUCGCCACCGGCGCCGAAGGCAUCAAAACCGCCGAGGAGGAGGCCAUGUUCGGUGGCAAGAAGGGCGAGUGGUACGACCCCAACUACCACCAGAUUGGCGAUGACUUGACCAACCUAAACCACACGGCCUGGGAGGUCAACACGCGGCUCAUUGCCCACUCGGUGGGCACCUUUGCAGCGUCCUUUGAGGGCUUCCCGGAGAGGACUACGGAGCCCCGUGCCACCAAGGCGAAGCCGACCAAGUAUCGCGGGCACAAGUUGAUCAUGUAGACCAUCAUUCAACGUUGGAUAGACAGAGCGCCGGAGCAUGCGUUUGGGAGUAUGUGUUUCUAGAUACGUGGCAAGCAAUUGAUUCUACGCCUGGAUUGCCCUGGCUGUCCAGAGAAUACC